ACACUUAGGCUAUAUCUAUAACAAACAGCUGACAUUUCAACGUCACCGAAUUCAAAGAAAUUAAAAUUCUUUUAUUAAACGCCAAAAGUCCCGCUGCAGCGCGUGGGCUAGACAUCAUGAUGUGAAGCCCCGCGUGCUUACGGGACGUCCGUCAUAUCUCACGCGCGCUGCAGGUGCGUGGAUGAACGCUCCGCCCCUCUGUCAAUGCAAAAGACUGAAGAAAAGUCGCGGUCGAAAGCUGAACUACGUUACUGACACAUUUCAAAACUCGAAAGCUCUGAAAGAGGGUAGCACGCGCUCCUGUACUUUCUGCAAUGUGUUCAGAUGAAGAGCGCUCGAUGGCGGGGGGCUCCGGUAACGGAAAGUUGCGUCAAUGGCUGAUAGAGCAGGUGGACACCGGAAAAUACCCUGGACUCGUGUGGGAGAACGAGGAGAAGAGUAUCUUUCGGAUUCCGUGGAAGCACGCGGGCAAACAGGACUACAACAGGGAUGAGGAUGCUGCGCUCUUCAAGGCUUGGGCCCUAUUCAAAGGCAAGCACCGGGAGGGUAUUGACAAACCUGACCCACCAACUUGGAAAACACGUCUUCGAUGUGCUCUUAACAAGAGCAACGACUUUGAGGAGCUUGUGGAGCGCAGUCAGCUUGACAUAUCAGACCCCUAUAAAGUUUAUAGGAUUGUUCCGGAAGGAUCCAAAAAAGGCAAGGAAGAAGAAAAACAUCAAAUGACAUCAAGCGGACCCAGAUCUCUUGAAGAUUCACAGUCCAAUUCAAGCUCACCCAGUUAUCCAAUACACCCAACCUAUGCACCAGCUCCAUCUCAGGUGUGCAACUAUCUUUCUCCAGCAGACAGAGGAUGGAGGGAUUACUCAACCCUAUCUGAGAUCCCUUACAGCCAGAGUCCCUACACUUCACGCUGGGAACCUGGGUACCAGUUCAGUGGCUCUUUCUACAGUUGCAAUGCAUCUGAUCCACAGCCAUCACCCUUCACCCUGGACACCAGCAUGAGAUCUGCUGAGGCAGUGGCCCUCUCAGAUUACCGCCUACAUGUGGUGGUGUUUUACCGGGAAAGUCUGGUGCGAGAGGUAACAGUGAGUAGUCCAGAAGGCUGUCAGCUGGGGCCUAGCAGAGAGGGACAGGCGUACUCUUCACCCGGGGCCCCAGAGCUGAUUGAACUCCCUCAUGCCGAAGGGGCAUCUCUGGAGCGUGGCGUUAUACUCUGGAUGGCCCCUGACGGGCUCUACGCCCGCCGCCGCUGCCCCUGCAGGGUGUACUGGGAGGGAGCUCACGCACCACCUACCGACAAGCCCAACAAGCUGGAGAGAGAGCAGAACUGCAAACUGCUGGACACUCAUCUGUUCAUAACAGAGUUGCAGAGUUACGCCCUGCACGCUCGUCCUGCUCCAUGUUCUCAAGUCCUGCUAUUCUUUGAGGAUGAGAGCACCGAUGCUCAAAGACCAAGAAGGACCUUCACAGUGCAGGUUGAGCCACUGUUUGCUCGUCAGCUUCUUUUCCUCAGUCAUCCCGGCAGCAUGAACUACAUCCGCAGCCAUGAGCUUUCACACCUGCCUGCUGAACACACCCUCUCCCCGACCCAAGACUACCACAGAGUCAUCACGCAUCUCCCUAACAGUGGCCCUCAAAACUGACUCUGGUGGCUUGUCACUUCGCACUUAAUCCUGGAUCAUCAUCUUGUUUAACCCAGGGUUAAAGCAAGUUUUAAUCCUGGGUUAAAGGGAUAGUUCACAAAAAAAGAAAAAAGAUUCUGUCAUCAUUUACUCACCCUCAUGUUGUUCCAAACCUGUAAGAUUUCCAUCUUCUGUGGAACAUAAAAUAAGGUAUUUUGAAGAACAUUGAGAACCAAACAACCCAUUGACUUCUAUUGUAUUGACAAAAAAGACAUUUCUAAAACUGCUUUUAUACAGGUUUAGCAUGAAAUGAGGGUGAGUAAAUGACAGAAUUUUCAUUUUCUUGUAAUUUUGAAAGGAGGUUAGCGCCAUUUUUAACUCAGGGUUACAAAGCUUUGCUUAUGAACAGAUGAUGGACAAGCAGUUAUUGAAAGACUUUACAUGCUCAACAAGUGCCAUACUUGUCCAAUCAAUGUGCGAACAAGAUUGUUAACCCAAGGUUUAAAUAUGUACAGUGAAAAAUCUAAAACUUAAAAACCCAGGACAAAAUGUUAACCCAGGAUGAAGUUUAAACAAGCUUUAAACAGGCCUGUUAACCCUGGGUUAACUGUAAAAAUCGCCCAAGUCUUGUAAGCUAAAGUGUAAAAGGUAAAUUUUGGAAGCCUCUCGGGAUAUUAUACCUGGAUAAUCUGGAGCGAUAACAGACGACAUCAGAUGCAAGACCGUUGUCAUGUUUAAUACUGAGAAAGACGUAAAUGUGUGUACAACUCACAAGGAUGAAUGAUUGUAUUAUGUCGGCAUACCGUCAAAUGUGUGGGCUGACAUGACAAAAGAAUGUAAAGUGUGAAUAUUAGCUGUGUUUGUUUCUUGCAACAUUUGUGUUUGAGCUGCAUUCAGAAUAUAAAAGCCAAAGAAUUUGAUGUAUAUAGGCUAUGCAUUUAGAAAAAACCUUUGUUUUCAAAUUGCAGUUCUUUUAUAAAAAAUUUUGUGUACAAUUCUGACAAUGUUCUACUUUUUUAUUCCACUACUUUUGCUCUUUUAUGUUAUUGAAAUGCCUCAACAUUGAUGACAACUUUGGUUUUAAUAAUAAAAAAAAAAAAUGUAGAAAAAUGAGUGCAUGUGCUCUGAUUCCUGACCU